UCAUUGGCCGAAUUUGUGCGCUUCUUGAAUUUCGCGAAUCCCGCGGAGUGCCUCCGGUUUACUCAAUACGGUGUGUUCUAUCUAGAAUCUUUAAUCUCUGAUCGGAAUUCGCAAUCGAGGUCGCGUGUGUGGCCCAGCACUGAAGCGGAUAUCCGGGUUUAGUGGCGUAAUAAACGGUUCCUUGAAAAGCGAAACGACUCACGAAAAUUGAGCAAAAUCAAGGUGAAAGUGUGAUUACGGAAAACGAAAAGUGAAAUUCGAAAACGCUUUGCAGUGCAGUGACAAAUCAACGUUCUGAGUGGAUUCAGAACGAAACCGUGAAGAAAUUUGUCUGAAACUCUUAGGAGAUCUCAAUCACCUACAAAAAUGAACCUCCGAAGUGGGGCCUUGGUAGGCCUGCUUUGCAUAGGGCUGGCAUCGGCCCAACUGAACUUCCGGCCGGAAUUCAUCUCGGCCGGACAGGGUUUCCGGGCGGCCAACGCAUUUCAGAGUAAUACAGAUGCCCAUUUUCUAGUGAAACGUCAGGCUCAGGGUGGUGGGGAUCCUUCCGAUAUAAUACCGCAUGAUAAUAAAAAGCAAACCACCUACUGGUGGGUUGCGCCUGAAACUCCCUUCAAAGCUACUAAAAUAGGUGGUGGUGUUCAGAAGAUUCCGGGUGAGACCGCGGAAGCUGCCGCAGCUGCGGCAAAAGCUGGGGCUGCCGGGGAACAGCUGGAUCUUUCAGGUCGUCAAUCAGCCGAACAGAGGACCAUCGGUACGCAGACUUCGUCCCAGGGAGGCAUCGCUACGUUCGGUGGAGGAACUACGAUUUCGAAGACCACAACAUCAACUACACGGAACUUCCAGGCUGGAUCAGCAGGAGGAGGGGUUGCCGGAGCAGGCAGAGGUGUUACGGCAGCAGGUGCAGGAGUCGGGGUUACCGGAAUCAAUACUCAACAGACGAACGUACAACAGCAAACCAACGUGCAGAGGACAGCUAGCGGAGCAGGAUCAACAUCAACCUCAACUCAACGGGGAACUGCUAUUGCUGGAGGUACCAGAACUCAAACCCAGGUGUCAUCUACACAAGCAACAUCCCAGUUUGGACAAGGAGGACCCCCAGGGGCAGCUCGCGGUGGAGUUUCAACAGCAACAACCUUCCGCCGUACCCAGACUUCGACUUCGACCGGCAUUGCUCCUGGCUUCCCACCUGGAAGCACUGGCACCACCACCGGAACUAACGUCGUUGCUACUCAAUCUAGAACUAACACAGGCAUUACCAGAACUACUACAACUGGAACCACGACUGGAACCACAACUGGUACCACUUUAACGGGUACCUCUACUACGGGGCAGCAGGGUGGCGUUCGUACUAACACUAACACUGGCGUCACAACCAGUACUACUUCUACCGCUACUGGAGUCGGAGUCGGAACCAAUACGGCAGACUCGCCAAAUCAAGGAACGCCGUCUGUCACUCGGCAGCAGGAAUCGGGAGGUGGUUACAGUACCCACACCGUCACCACCGGGGUCCAGCUGAAGCCCUUCUUCAAGAAAACCUCGGUCACUUCGGCUGGCUACGAUUAUCCGGUACCGUGCCCGGAGCCUCAAGUUUGUACCCCCCGGGAUUACUGCGUACAAGGUCAGGUACAGGAAGCCCAGCUCAGCCUGUUCGACAGUACCAAACAUAGCUGCAAUUCCGAAACCGAACAGUGCUGUUCGAUCGUCCGGGCGCCUCCAACCCAAUGUCCGGACAACACCUACGUGUGCGUGUCCCAGAGCUUAUGCAACAACGGCGUCCUGAGCUACGAUGCGCAGAACUCGAUCUCCGCCCAGCAACAGAGCGGCGUUUGCUACUCCCCCGAUGUAUGCUGCAAGACCCAGGGCCAGAUCGCUGACUCUACCAUUUUGACCGACGAGGGAUACGUUGUUCGGGUACCUGAGAAUCAAUACCUUCCACCAGAAGGCCAAAAUUCAAACAAUAACUUUCAAACUGCACCACCACCAAGACCACCAACUACACCAAGCCCACCACCACCAACCACCACACAACGAUACAUUCCACCACCCACUACACCACAAUACAUUCCACCAUCCACUACACAACGUUACGUGCCCCCGCCAACCACGCAGCGUUACGUGCAGCAAACCACCACUCAGCGAUAUUUCCCACCACCUCCGACCACGCGCCCUCCAUUCACCGGAAAUGAGUACAUUCCACCAAGGGAAGAAAUUCCAGCCCCAUCAAACACCGACCCUAAUGCUGUCAGACCCCCACAGGAUGAAAACCCCAGCCCAGCUAACGAUACUCCGGUUGUGAUCCGUCCGAAUCCACCACGCCCAUCUCCGCCAGGUGGCGAUGCUCCACCACCACUACCCCCAGUAGGAUGCUCUGCGGCCAUGAACUGUACCGAACGCCAAUUCUGCUCAUCCACCGGAGUCAUCUCGAAGACGCCAGUCAACCUUACCCCUGAACAGGAACUCUACCGUGUGCCGGUUACCGAUUGCCGCAAUCCCGAAAAGGGCUUCACCGGAGUGUGCUGUCGCGAUCCAGACUACGUCGAUCCUUGGCCAGUAGGCAUGCUCGGUCUGUACAACCCGGAAAUCUUACCUUUCGAUGAUGGAUCCUACAAACCCAAUGGAAAUGGAGGAAACGGAAACGCCGUCGCCGCAGGAAACACCAACGGAGCUGCUCGUAACGAAGCCAUCCAAGCAUCUCAGAGUCGGAUCACCACGGCCCAAACCUACGGACCAAAUCAACUGACCAGUUCCGGUACUCAGACACGGUUCACUCAAUCGAAGACACAAUACAGCAGCAGUGGAACCACUCAGUUGGGUAACUCACAAUUCGGAACAGGUGCCACACGAUCCCAGUACACGACGAGCGGCGCUACUCAACCCCAAUACAACAACGGCGUUACGGCCGCUGCUUCCAGCCAGUCGACAACGGCCAUCCGUAGGCAACAGACCACAAGCGUAGGAACGACCAGCAUCAACGGAGGCAACGGAGACAAACGGUUCACACCUUCGGGACUUCAGUUCGUCAACAGCGGCAACACCCAGUUCAAACCGUUCCAGAAGCAAACUGCUGGCCAGUGCGCCCCCAGGAACUACAACACUCAACCACGAGGCGCCGGACAAUGGGAUACCGGAUUCGGUGAGUUCCCCUGGAUGGCGAUGGUGAUCCUGGAAUCGAACAAGACCCUGCUGUGCGGUGGUGCCAUCAUUUCCGAGAAUACUGUUGUGACCGCCGCUAACUGUGUGAAUGGACUGAACCCACGGGACAUCAUGAUCAAGGGCGGUGAAUGGCGCCUGGGAGUCGAUGCCGAACCGAAAACGUUCCAGAUUGUCCGCGUCAAGGAUGUGGCGUUCCAUCCGGCUUACAACCCAACCACGCUGAACUACGACGUUGCCAUGCUAAUCCUGGAGGACCGCCUACGCUUCGAUACCCACAUCGGAUCGCUGUGCCUGGACGAGAACGACGUUGUGCCAAGUGCUUCCUACGAAAACUGUGUGACCACCGGUUGGGGACGUGAGGUUCUUAGAAUUCACAUCGGAAACGCUCUGAUGCGUUACAUGCCGAUCUCUCUGCUCUCGGAAUCGGAAAGCCAGCGUCAACUGCAGACCAACGGAUUUGCUGCUGAAUCGCACAUCUGUGGACGUCCGGCGGCCGACGCCUGUGAUGUUGACAUUGGAAGUGCCUUGGCCUGUGCUGACACCAGUGGAACUUACUAUCUGAAGGGUGUUUACUCCCAGGACAACGGCUGCGGUCGACCAGAUCAAAUUGUGUCCUUCUCGAACAUUGACGUCCAAUGGAUCAAGCAGGUGCUGAAGAACCCGAACCAGUUCAUCACCCCGGUGCCAAACUACCAGACGGCAGCCAACAGCCCAGUGAUUAGCACUGUACAGCAACCAUCAACGCUGGUACCACAAUACGGAAAGGCGUACUUGCCACCGUACUAAAAAAAAUGUUCGUGUAACCAGCUGAGAUAUCAGAAACAGAAUUUACUUAAUGCUUUAGAUAGAACCUAUUCUAGCCCAUAGAUACAACAAAAACCGAACUCUUAAGUUCUCUUACACGUAGACAUUUAUACAUUUCCUACCGUCAUUUGAUUGUUUUACCUCGGGAACCAACAAUAAGUUUUAAGUUUAUAUACCCGACCAUAGAUACAUUCCGUACUUUGUACUUAACCAUCAGAGAAUCAUGCGCAAAUUCUUCAUCAAAGCUGAUCAAUCGAAAAUCGAAACGCAUACAUCCAUGCAACAUGUCAAUUUUCUUGUCCAUAAAACGAUUGUUUCGCCUAGGUAGUCCCAUUGUGUUAGUGAUAGCUGUUAUUGGUUUUUUCAACACCAUCCUACCCCACUUCACAAUGCCACACGCCUUCUUUGUUCACGAUAUUGAGCAAGAGUCCGAAAUGCCGGGCUCUUCUUCUAGCUUGUUCCGUUGUUACCAAAAGCGCAUCGAUCUUAGUAGACUCGUAUGAUAAGAGUCAUUAAAAGAAAAAAAAUCUACUCUGAACUAAGCACAAGACAACAUUAUCCCUCAUUUACACACCAUGUACAAAGUUCAUCUAUCAUCUUAUAAUGUUGAUAGUUUAUUACCCUAUUUGUUUUGCACUGCUAGUAAAUGUACCUUUCAUUUCGUCUUAUUAACCGAAUUUCCAGAAUCACAUCUUCCUUAGACACAUUGCACAAGUGACACAAAAGCGCCAUUUUCUUCGAGCAAAAUGGUGUUCAAUUUUGACAAACUUGACACUAAUUAACAUUGCUCUCUAUAUCCCACAACGAUAGUCGAGCACUCUCUAAAACUUGCACCGUGACCAAACUUUUCCUAAGGGCACAGAGUAGCAUGGAUCUGGAAAAAAAGAACGUAAACGUGCAUUUCUAAAACUACGCGGUACCAAAUCUUGUGAUGUUCUUUAAUGCUAACUUGUAGUAGGUCGGUAAAGGAAAAUCAGAUUAAUAUUUUUACUAACUCAGUGUGAACACAGACAGCGCAAAACAAAUAAGAAUUUCGGUAGAAAAGUUUUAAUAAAAACCACUCGUGAUGAGCGCGCAAAAAUCGUUGGCGCUCUGCAGAUGAUUCCUUAGAGCUUAGAGCUUACUGACCCGGAUAACUCGUUUUCGAAUGGGCCGGAGUCAGUUUGGAAAAGUGUUUUCUUUUUAAAUUUGUCGAAGAUCUUCGACAAGCAUGCAGCCGGUGACUUUAGCGUUUAAGUGAAAAAAACGAGUAUAACGUAACCAUUAAACAGUAGAUAUUUUUAGUGCUAUUUAAACACCCUGUACAUAAACCCAUUUAUACCGUAAGACAAUUUGUAAGAAAAAUAA